AUGCAUCUACAUUAUACUUGCACAACUCCGGUUACUACCAUCACCACUACCAUGGGCAAAGAUCAUCCUGACGCGGACCUUCAUCCUGAAGCGACAGGACUUGCAGCAGCGACGGUCAAAGCUCACUCAGCCGAGUGCCCCCUGAAACUGUACUCGGGAUGGUUCUGUCCCUUUGUGCAGCGCGUAUGGAUAGCGCUAGAGGAGAAGGGUAUACAGUACCAGUAUAUUGAGGUCAACCCGUACCACAAGCCACAGUCUCUGUUGGAUCUCAACCCCCGUGGUCUAGUCCCAACGCUGCAAUACCAGAACAAGCCACUUUAUGAGAGUACUGUUCUCUGCGAGUUCCUGGAAGAGGCAUUCCCUCAGCACACACCGCACCUGAUGCCGACGGAACCCUAUCAGAGAGCUAGGACGAGGAUCUGGACCGACUAUGUAGGCAGUCGCAUCAUCCCUGCCUACCACCGUUUUCUGCAACAUCAGGGCGAUGGCUUGGAGGAGAAGCAGAAGGAAUUCUUGAACCAUCUCAAAGAGUUCACACGUGAGAUGGAUGCUGAGGGGCCGUACUUCUCAGGCAAGGACUUUGGACUUAUUGACAUUGUUCUGGCCCCAUGGGGAAACAGGCUGUGGGUGUUCGACCACUUCAAGGGUGGGUCGGGCAUUCCUGAUGAAGGGAAAGGUGGGGACGACGAAGAGGUCUGGAAGCGGUUCAGGAAAUGGCUAUCUGCUGUGGAGAGCAGGAAGAGCGUCAAAGAAACGCUGAGCGAGAGGGAGCAUUACUUGCCGAUCUAUCAGCGGUAUGCAGAGGACAGAGCACAGUCGGAAGCGGCCAAAGCCAUCAGAGCGGGUCGGGGCAUUCCUUAG